AUGUCGUCCAGCGGAUCCGGAUCCGCCGCCAACGGCGAAGCCACUCCGCCGUCGCAACGCAAGGUGGCUCUGAUAACCGGAAUCACGGGUCAGGACGGUUCCUACCUGACGGAAUUCUUGAUGGAGAAGGGUUACGAGGUGCACGGCCUCAUCCGCCGUUCCUCCAACUUCAACAUGCAGCGGAUCGAGCACAUAUACGUGGACCUACACAACGCCCACAAGGCACGCAUGAAGCUCCACUACGCCGACCUCUCCGACGCCUCCUCCCUCCGCCGAUGGCUCGACACCAUCCCCCCUGACGAGGUCUACAACCUCGCCGCCCAGUCCCACGUCGCCGUCUCCUUCGAGAUUCCCGACUACACCGCCGACGUCGUCGCCACCGGGGCCCUCCGCCUUCUGGAGGCCGUGCGCUCUCACAUCUCCGCCACCGGGCGCUCGCACAUCCGGUAUUACCAGGCGGGAUCCUCGGAGAUGUUCGGGUCCACACCACCCCCUCAGGACGAGACCACACCGUUUCACCCGAGAUCCCCUUACGCUGCAUCCAAGUGCGCUGCGCACUGGUACACCGUCAAUUACCGCGAGGCCUACGGGAUCUUCGCCUGCAACGGCAUCCUCUUCAACCACGAGUCUCCUCGCAGAGGUGAGAAUUUUGUGACGCGCAAGAUCACGCGGGCCGUGGGCCGGAUCAAGAUCGGGCUUCAGAGAAAGCUCUUCUUGGGGAAUCUUCAGGCUUCUAGGGAUUGGGGUUUCGCCGGGGAUUACGUGGAGGCUAUGUGGCUGAUGCUGCAGCAGGAGAAGCCCGACGACUAUGUGGUGGCCACGGAGGAGUCUCACACCGUCGAAGAGUUCCUGGAGGUGGCGUUCGGUUAUGUAGGCCUGAAUUGGAGGGACCAUGUUGCUAUUGACAAGAGGUAUUUUAGGCCCGCUGAGGUGAAUAACCUCAAGGGUGAUGCUACAAAGGCCAAGAAGGUGCUUGGGUGGAAGCCCAAGGUGGGCUUUGAGCAGCUCGUCAAGAUGAUGGUCGAUCAGGAUGUUGAGUUGGCUAAGAAGGAGAAGGUUCUUGUUGAUGCUGGCUACAUUGAUGCUCAGCAACAACCUUGAUCUGCUACA